AUGGUGGCGUCGCGUUCAAGGUUUUCGACGACAUCAAGAAGCUCAGGACUCCGAGAAAGACAGAGGAUCGCUUCAACAAUCUGGCUUCCUCUACAGACAACAUCAACAAGAAACCAUCAUUAUUACCACAAGAACUGCUUUUCGUCCGUGAACGACUUGGACAGCUUCAACCGCAAGCUCUCGCCCAAUGUGCGCAAGGAGAACAACAUGUCCAAGGAGUUCUUCAACAGCCUGGAUUCCAAACUGAGGACUUUGAACGCUCCCCCGCCGGCGCCGAGGCAGAAGAGGUCCAAUCCCGGCAAAUCCUUAGAUAACAGGCCGAUGUUCGUGACCACCGUGAAGACCGGAAUAUUCCUGGAGCCACCACCAGAGCUCGCGGCCAUCUUGGGGCUCAACAGCUAUACCUCCUCGGUCAACGGCUCUUCAGGCUCGUCGGGUUCCCUGCAUCCGUCCAACAUCGGCGAGGAGGUCCUUGUGUACAGCUUCGCGAGCCAGCCCCGCGUGGUCAACCAGAAGUAUCGGGUGCCUAAAGCAGCCCCCACGCGGCCCCAAGAUAACAAGAACAAGACUACGGUCCCCAACGGUAACAACAAUAAUAACAUCAACAAGAUCCGCACCAAAAGAGAGCUCAACACAACGCCACCCAAGAAAUUAGAUGGAACUCCUUUACCCUACGGAAACAUCAUGUACGACCGGCGAGUGGUGCGUGGCAGCACUUUCGCUCAGCAUCCCGUACCCGCGGCCGGAUGCGAGUCACAGGCAGCACGCCAAGCGGAGGCCAGGAGACGGUCCAUGGCCAGGCGCAAGGCCCAGACCCAGCAGACCAGAGCUAUGCGACUCCGAAUCGGUACCCCGCCACCGGUCGACGGCCGCAACCACGUCAUCGUGCAGACUGACCAGUUCAUGGAGGAGCUGUUCGACCAUCCUCCAGGAGCGACGGUGUCGUGUCAGACCGACUUCUUCUUGGACCGUCCUGAGACCCCCAUCUACGUGCCCUCCAAGACUGGCAGAGAUGCCAGGACCCAGAUUUAUCCUGGAGAGCUGUUCCACUUCGACACCGAAGUUCAACCCAUCCUGGAGGUGCUGGUGGGGAAGACCGUGGAACAGGCGCUGGUGGAGGUGAUGGAGGAGGACGAGCUGGCGGCUAUCCGCGAGCAACAGCGAAGGUACAAAGAAAUCCGAGCUGCAGAAAAGGCUGAGGAACAAAGACUGGAAGAACAGGAAAGAAGAAGGCGUGAAGAAGCGGCGAAGCGCGUGGAGGAGUUGGAGCUGACGAACCGUAUCCGGUUGGAGACGGAAGAUCGCGUGUCUGCAGCGGUGCUGACCCAGGGGUACCUCACAGACCUGCUGCCUUCUGUGCUCGAGGGGCUCAAGGAGGCAGGGUACUUCAUCGAUGACAUCAGAGAAGACGUGGAAGAAAACUUCAUGUCGUGGUUGAUGGGUGAAGUAAGGCAGGAGAUGCAGCGUAUGGUCGACAACAGGGAUCUGCUCUCGGAAAUAGUGCGGGAGAUCCUGGAAACGAGGGCGGAGGUGUACCGCGCCAUGGCCACGGACAAGCCAGGUCCUGGCAGUGACGAGGAGCCCACUUCCACUCCGCUGCCGGGCGUCUCGUCCGUCGUGCUGCACAAGGAUGAAAACACUGAAGAGACUGAUGAAACAGGUGAAACCAAACCUAAAGAAGAGACUGAAGUUAGGCAAUCUGCAGGAGACGACGAACCGACAGCUGAAAGCUAAAAUGUAAGUUUUCUGCAUGAAGUAUAGUUCAA